AUGCUCUGUUGUGAGCGUCCUGUUUCCCGGCAGGCUCUGCGGCAGGGGAGCUCCAGGUACGGCCUGUGAUCCCGUAUUUUCCCUCUACUCGCCUGGUGCUUCUCGUUGGUGCGUCACGAUCGCUCCGGGAAGCCGAGGACGGCCGCGGCAGCAGAAACGGUGGCCGCAGUGGUGGAAGAAGAAAAAGAGGCGGAAGGGGAAGGAGGAGGCACGGACACGGCUGAUUUCUGAGGAGGCAGAUAGAGAAGGCGGCGGCGGAGGUAACCGUGCUCCGGCGGUCGGUCGGUCCGCGGUACUGGGAGACGCCGCUGAGCUCCCAGUAGCGGCCGCCAGACACAUAGCUGUCACGGCCAGGGAUUCUGCAGUCGGCGGCUUGCGCCGCCGCUUUCGACGUCAAAACGGUAAGAAAAAGUGCAAGAUGUCAAAAUCCAGACGGAAGGUCACAGUAGAAAAUACAAAAACUAUAUCAGAUAGCACUUUACGUAGACCAAGUGUUUUUGAGAGGCUUGGACCUAGCACUGGCAGUGCUGCCGAGACACAAUGUCGUAAUUGGAUGAAGAGUGGCAAUUGUAUAUAUGGUAACACCUGUAGAUAUAUACAUGGCCCGUCACCAAGAGGCAAAGGCUACAGUAGUUCGUACAGAAGAUCACCUGAAAGACCCACUGGAGACUUGCGUGAGAGAAUGAAAAAUAAGCGAGGCAGCAAGCAAGAUUUAGACUCGGAUCCACAGAAACGUGCUGCUGACGAAGCCGCAUCUCCUACAAGGAAGGAUUCAUCCAGGGCAAGGCACGGAGAAAAAGAAGAUAUUAAGAUUACCAAAGAGAGGACUCCGGAGAGUGAUGAAGAAACAGCUGAAUGGGAGAUGACUAGAGAUGAUUCUGAGAACGGGGAUGUUAACUACGAUUAUGACCAUGAGUUGUCACUAGAAAUGAAGCGCCAGAAGAUCCAGAGAGAACUGAUGAAGCUUGAACAGGAAAACUUGGAAAAACGAGAAGAGAUUGUUAUUAAGAAAGAGAUCUCACCUGAGGUUAUAACCAAAAUGUCACCUUCGCCAAGGAAAUCUAGUAAGUCUCCUAAAAGAAAAUCCAGUCCUAAAGCUACCGUUCCUGUGACCAAAAAAGAAAAGAAGGCGGCGGUGUCCCCACCUCCGUCUGAACUACCAGGAAGAUACACAAAAGGAGCACAGGGCAAGAAGAAAGGACCUCGUACUCCUAGUCCUCCUCCUCCAGCUCAAGAAGAAAUUUCACUUUCAAAGAAGCACAAAGACAAGCAUAAGGCAAAAGAUCGUGUAGAGGACAGAUUAAAGGAUGUGAAAGAUCGAGGUCGAGAAGUUGAUAAGCACCGUGAUAAAAAAGACAAGCAGAGGGACGUAUCUGAGGGAUCACACAGGCAAAAACGAUCCCCCAGUCCAGCAGAACGCUCGGCCAGCAACUCGUCUCACUCUAGGGAUUACUCUCCUCCGCCACGAAGAAGACACACGUCCUCGCCCACGCCCACCAAGUCUUCAUCUCGUAAACAUACCCUCUCCCCUUCUCGCAGAUCAGUUUCCCCCUCUGCACGACAUCAUUCUCCCAUGUCCUCCAGACACCAUUCCCCUUCUUCACAAUCGGGUUCCUCCGUGCAGAGACCCUCGCCUUCUCCUCGACGUAGGAGAUCCCCUUCUCCUUACCAGAGAGGAUCAUCUCCUGGUGGAAGACGCUCUUCCUCUCCAUACAACACACACGCAUCCUCUCCCCAUAGGAAGAGAAGCCUUUCUAAGCAUCGCUCUCCAGCCAGAGAGAAAGGGAGACAUGAUCGCGAAAGAACGUCGGUUUCACAGGACAGGCGACAUGACCGGAGAGAUGAUACAAGAGGAAGAAAAGACAGAGAAAGAGAUGAUAGAGACCAUGACCUGGAACCAAGUGGCUCUAGAGAUCAUAGAGAAGACCGGGAAACUCGUGAUGGUCGAGAUCGCAGAGACGUCCGGGAUAACAGAGACCGUAGAGAACCCAGGGAUUCAAGGGAUGGCCGUGAGAACAGAGAUACUCGGGAUUACAGAGACAAUAAGGAAAGCCGUGAGCAGAAGGAUUUACGCUCUACUCGGGAUGUCCAUGACUACAGAGAGCGGGAAAACCGUGAAACCCAUAGAAAGGAUGAACAAUAUGAUGACCGCAGCUACAGAAGAAGCCAUGGCAGAGAAGAGUCUACACGUGCCGAAACACGAAGUGAAAACAGGGGUGAAUCCCGAAGUGAGAACAGAAAUGACCGUAACGGUAGGACAAGGGGACGUGCUCCUGAUUCUGAAAAAGCUGUUAGGGGCGCAAGAAGUUCUCAAGCUGAAGGCCACAGUGGUAGCAACUAUCACGAUAACUGGGAUUCCCGCAGUGGCUAUACAGAAAGAGACAGAUAUGAUGGCCGAGAGCAAGGAAGAGACUCGUCCUUUGAUCGUAGACACGGGGAUCGUGACCGUCGCGAUAGGGAAAGAGAUCAGAGGCAGACUUCCCCAGCACGGCAUCCAGCAAGGAGUGAUGAUAUUGAGCGUGAAGAAAGGAGGGAUGAGCGUAGAGUGGACCGCACAGAUGAAAGGAGGGAUGAUAGACCCAGAGAGCGUGAAAGGGAUAGGGAUAGGGAGAGAGAACGGGAAAGGGAACAAAGGGAAAGAGAGAGGGAGAAAGAGAGAGAAUCCGAGCGAGAACGAGCCCGUGAGCGGGAGAGAGAAAGAGAGAGAGAAAAAGACAGGGAGCGGGACAAAGAGAGAGAACGUGACAGAGAAAGAGAGAGAGAACGAGAAAGGGAGAGAGAAGAAAGGGAGCGUGAGAGAGAGCGUGAAAGGGAGCGUGAGAGCGCACGUGAAAGAGAACGGGAAAGGGAGCGUGAGAGGGAUCGUGGCAGGGAGAGAGAGCGUGAUCGUCCAAGGGAAUGGGAAGAAAAAGACAAACUGAGAGAAGAUCGCAGAGAUAAAAGGGAGGAUGCACGGGAAGAGAGGAAUCCAAAAGAUGUCCAUGAAGAUCGAAAGCCUAAGAAACGCCACAGAAACGAGAGCAGUCCCAGUCCGCGUCAGUCUCCUAAGCGGCGUCGGGAACACUCUCCCGAUAGUGACACUUACAAUAGCGGUGAUGAUAAAAAUGAGAAGCACAGACUGCUAAGUCAGGUAGUUCGACCUCAAGAUUCGCGCUCGUUGAGCCCUGCACACGUUAGCGAAGAAAGGCCGUCUCGAUGGAAAGAGGAUGAGCGUAAACCAGACAGAAAAGAAAGCAGCAGGCAUUAUGAAGAGCCUGAAACUAAAGAGAGAAUCUCCAAAGUGGAAAAGCUACGUGAACACGUAGCAGAAGCUGCUGAGAGUUUAAAGACUAAAGAACCAGAAGUGGCUCAGCAUAAACAAGAGGAGGCUACUGAUAAGAUUCACGAAGAGAAGGUGAAGAAGCCAAAAUUGCAGAAGAAGGCUGCAAAGAAAAAGAAAGAGGAGGAAAUUGUGGUGGAGAAAACAGUCCCUGAGCCUGUAAUUGAAGAAGUUAAAGUGUUUUCACCCAAAAAAGUCCCGAAAAAGAAAAGCGUAGAGAAAAAACGUAAGAAAUCCAAAGGCGACUCAGAUAUUUCUGAUGAAGACAUUGCAUCUCAUAGCAAAAAAAAGAAAGGCCCCAGGACUCCUCCAGCAAUUGUUGCGCCUGCUAUUUUAUCUGCACCUGUAAAGGAGGAAAUCCCAGAAGUUCCACCUGAGAAGAUCGUAACAGAAACCUUGCAAGAGAAAAACACCACAUUCAGUGACUGGUCUGAUGAAGAUGUACCUGAAAGAGGAGAGGCAAUACCUAGAGACAGAAUUACUGAAGAGGUAAUAAAGAAGCCUCCCAAGAGCAAAGUGGAAAAGGAAGAGCCUCGACCAGCUGUUAUGGAAGAGCCUCCACUCCGUAAGCCUACUGAACAAAAACGUAGCAGCAGCAUCUGCAGCAAUCAGAGCCGGACUUCUAGCCGCCUCCGGUCGCCUUCUAUCGAUUCUGUUCAUCGCGGGGAUGACCACGCUGCCAGGAGGAGGUUGUUGCAUGGUAGCUCUAGGGAUCAAGAGAGAAAUAAAAGCAUCGAGCCCACUAGUGAACGCAAGUCUAGAAUUGAUCAGCUAAAGAGAGGAGAACCUAGUCGCAGCACUUCUUCAGAUCGUAGAGAUUCACGGAGCCACAGUUCACGAAGAAGUUCACCUGAAUCUGAUCGUCAAGUACAUUCCAGAUCUGGGUCAUUUGACAGCCGGGAAAGGGCCCCCGAGCGAGAACGCUAUGAACUUGACCGCGAGAGGGAACGGGAAAAGGACAGAGAGCGAGAACGGGAGAGGAGAGAUGGAAGACCAAGAGACUGGGAGAGAGAAGCUGAUAAGGAAGGGCCCAGAAGUAGAGAGAGAGAUAGAAUAAGGGAUAGGGAAAGGGACAGAAGGAGAGAGUUGUUGGAAAGAGAGCGGGAAAAGGUGGUUUCUGAUCCAGCAGACAAAGAAAAAAAGCGACUUCUUGAUGACCUGUCAGUGCUGGUAGAGCAAAAGCGUGAUCUCAAGGAAAGAGACGUUGACAAACAUUAUGAUCCUCCUAGCCGCAAUCCACCAAUUACUGGGAGAAUGGAGAAAGAGGGGGACAACUUGCAAGAAUUGGUGAAUAGUCGUAAAGCAGAAAAAGCAGAGAGUUUUGAUGGUGAUGAUGAUUCCAAACUUGAUGAUGUUCAGUCUGGGGACUCUGUUGCCGGCGAAGAAUAUGAACCCAUCAGCGAUGAUGAGCUGGAUGAGAUUCUAGCAGAUGAUGCAGAAAAGAAAGAAGAUCAACAGGACGAAGAGAAGCUAUCGGAUCCAUUGGAUGUAAUUGAUGUGGACUGGUCCAGUCUUAUGCCAAAACAGACGAAAGAACCACGAGAGUCUGGAGCUGCCCUCCUGAAAUUCACACCUGGCGCAGUCUUGCUACGUGUUGGCAUUUCGAAACGCUUAGCAGGACCAACACUCUUUAACAAAGUUAAAGAUGUCUGCCAGCAAGCAUUGGAAAAGCCUAAGGAUGCAGAGGCCCUGUUUAAACAUGACCUUGGUGCUCUAAAUAUGGCAGCAUUGAUGAGAAGGCAGGAAAGAGCUGGCUUGCUUAGCAAUCUCGGACCUUGUUGUAAAGCUCUCUGUUCAAGAAGAGACUUUGCUAUUCGCAAGCAGUUAGUACAAAAUGACAAAGGCACUGUGAAGCAGACCUAUUCAAACCCCCCCGUAAUGGAUAGUGAACUGUUACGAUUAAGCCUGCGUCUUUUCAAAAGGAAACCUUUAGGCUGUGCGUUGGGCCAAGAAAAGACUGAUUGCAAACCUUCUUCUCUAAACAAACAGCCAGAGACUUGUGUUUCUUAAACUGUUGAAAAACUGUUAUGCGUAUGUAGGUAACUUCUUUUUUUUUUUGGGGGGGGGGAAGGUUGCUGUUGGUUUUUUAAUUCCCCUCCUUAUGGUUGUUGACUAUUGUUUGUCAAUACACUUGUUUUAAAACGGUGUAGUUGAUGUAUAAAGGUUUCGUUUUUAAAAACAAAA